AUGUCUGGCUGGGGUAGUUGGCUGUACGUACGGCCUUGCGCUAACCACAGAACUGGCUCCUCGCAACCUGCGGAUGCGCAGGGAGCGCCUUCUAGCGAAGGGAAAAAGAGCAACUUUUUCCCUGUUACAGAUGCCUUUGAUAACGAACACAAGUAUGGCGAGCUUGCACCCAGCGAUCUUAACUGGACGUGCCCCAGUGGACUGUCGACGGAGACGUCGGUAUGGUAUGCGAUGCUCGACGAUGGAUCGUUUUUCCUGAACCAGAUCAUAUACUCUCCGGUCGGGUGCGUACCUUGCGCGACUGACUUUAGCUUGUUCCAGCCGCAGGUCCAAAUGACAUUCCGCUACUUCCACCCCAAGACGGGCGAGAACGUGUGGAAGUCGAAGAAUGUGGACCAGUUCCAGGUACUACCGAACGACAAGCGCUCGUGCAAGUCGAGUGCGUUUACGGUGACGUGCAAGGACUUGGAGGACGGCUCGCAGCAGUACGACAUUUCCGGCAUGCUGGACACGGAUCUGCAGCUCAUGUACACGUUGACACGCAAGCCCGAGGCCAAGGGAUGGAAGCUGGGCCAGGGCGAUAAAGGCGGCUUUAGCUACUUUGGCGAGAACCCUGCAUCGCCGGUGGGCCAUGUAGUGCACCGCUUCUGGCCGAUGGCCGAGGUCUCGGGCAUGAUCGUGUUGAAUGGGCGUGCGAUCGAGGCAAAGGGCCUGGGCAUGUUUGUGCAGGCCAUUCAGGGCAUGCGCCCGAACCUGGUGGCCUCCAAGUGGAACUUUGCGAAUUUCCAGAGCCGGGAGCAGGGCGGCUCGAGCGCCGUGCUGAUGGAGUUUACGACGAUACCUGACUACGGAAAGGCCUCGGAGGAUGGUACACAGCGCGUGCCUCAAACCGUGACGAUCGGGUCGAUUGUAUGCCAGGGCCAGCUCGUGGCCGUGGUCGGCGCGACGCGCGCUGCCGGUGCAGAGCUGCCGUCGACGCAUGCAGAGCACCAGACACUCACGCUCGACCCCGACACAGGCUACCACGUGCCCCAGAGCAUCCAGUACACCCUCCAGGGCCCUGCCCUAGUCGGUGACGGCGCGCCGGGCCAGGACGUGACGGCUGAGCUGCGCGUGGAGCUCGGCGCGCCGGGCCAGACGCAGGGACUGAUCGAGAAGGUGGAUGUGCUGGCUGAGAUCCCUUACAUGGUCAAGAAGCUGGUAAAUUACGUGGCCGGCACCAAGCCGUACAUCUACCAGACGCUGAACUCCGUGGGGAUGAAGCUGACGUGCCCUGAGUCCGUUGCCAAGGCACUGGGCCUGCCGGAGACCAGUGUCACGCUGCAAGGCACCCUCUUUGAAGAGCACACGUUUAUUAGCGCGUAG